GACUCUGGUCUAGAUUGGAUUAUAUAGCUGCAAUUAACCAGCUCCAUCCAAGUUCCAACAACAUAUAUUUGCUCUGAGCUAGAGAGAAGCACGAAUAUCGAACAGCCAUGGCGUCUGUUCGGAAGCUGCUCCUUCUCCUGCUGUGCGGCUACCAUCCUCUCGUUGCUCAUGCAGGGGACGCACAAAGCAAGCUUCUCGCCACUGGCUCAAAAGCUGAUGCCGUCUGCUCCGAACCACCAGUUACUCCACCGUCGUCCAGUGGAACCACGGUGCCGUUGAGCCACCGGCAUGGCCCUUGCUCGCCGGCGCCAUCCACAGUGGAGCCAACCAUGGCGGAGCUGCUCCGCCGAGACCAACUCCGAGCUAAAUACAUCCAAGCGAAGCUGUCUGUGAACAGCGGCAGCGGCACCGACGGGGUCCAGCAAUCGGCAGCGAUCACCCUGCCGACCACCCUGGGAUCCGCGCUGGACACGCUGGCGUACGUCAUCACCGUCAGCAUCGGCACCCCAGCCAUGACCCAGGCCGUGAUGAUCGACACCGGCAGCGACGUGUCGUGGGUGCACUGCCACGCACGGGCCGGCGCCGGAUCCUCGCUCUUCUUCGACCCCGGCAAGUCGAGCACGUACACGCCUUUCUCUUGCAGCUCCGCCGCCUGCACACGGCUCGAAGGGCGAGACAACGGCUGCUCGUUGAACUCGACGUGCCAGUACACGGUGAGGUACGGGGACGGGUCCAACACCACGGGCACGUACGGGUCCGACACGCUGGCGCUGAACAGCACGGAGAAGGUCGAGAACUUCCAGUUCGGCUGCAGCGAGACGAGCGACCCCGGGGAAGGGCUGGAUGAGGACCAGACCGACGGGCUCAUGGGGCUCGGCGGCGGCGCGCCGUCGCUCGUGUCGCAGACGGCGGCCACGUACGGCAGCGCCUUCUCGUACUGCCUCCCAGCGACCACGCGCAGCUCCGGGUUCCUCACGCUCGGCGCGUCCACGGGGACAUCGGGGUUCGUGACGACGCCGAUGUUCAGGAGCAGACGGGCCCCGACGUUCUACUUCGUGAUCCUCCAGGGCAUAAACGUGGGCGGGGAUCCUGUCGCCAUAUCGCCCACGGUGUUCGCGGCCGGGUCGAUAAUGGACUCCGGCACGAUCAUCACGCGGCUGCCGCCCAGGGCGUACUCGGCGCUCUCGGCGGCGUUCCGGGCCGGCAUGAGGCGGUACCCGCGGGCGAGGGCCUUCAGCAUCCUGGACACGUGCUUCGACUUCACGGGGCAGGACAACGUCUCGAUACCGGCCGUGGAGCUGGUGUUCUCCGGAGGCGCCGUCGUCGACCUCGACGCCGACGGGAUCAUGUACGGCAGCUGCCUCGCCUUCGCGCCCGCCACCGGCGGCAUCGGCAGCAUCAUCGGCAACGUGCAGCAGCGGACGUUCGAGGUGCUGCACGACGUCGGCCAGAGCGUCCUUGGGUUCCGGCCAGGCGCGUGCUGAGACCCCCGAUCGAUCAUUCUCGGGAACUGCCUCGAUCGUAUGCUUGCUUGUGGAUUGUCAUUGGGAGCUAAGGUACACGAAGGGCUCGUUUGGAUACAGAACCAUUUGACUUGAUUAAUAUUUUCUGGUUUUGAACUAAAAAUCACUUCAAAUAAAAAUGAAUUGAGUCGAAUUUAAAGUGUAUCCAAAACAAGCUCCAGAGUGGACCAAAAUUAUCGACUACUAUUAUAGUUUGAUUGUAUUUGUCCGUAGCAGCAACAUGAUGCAGUGUUUUGCAGGUUAAGUGUUUUGGGACAUGCAUGACUAAUAGGGCAUCAUGUCAUGCUAAACUUUGUUUAUGGCCUUGUGUUGCUAGUAUGUGUGGCAUGCACUGUAAUCCCAUAAUACUCUCUCCGUUUCAUAAUUCUUAUCGAAAUAUUACAUGUA